UGGCGCUUUCUGCCGUAUUGAUCUGUAUGUACUAGUCCAGCCUUUGUCCCGAGCUUCGUUAAAAGUUCUUCGUUCUCGCCUUUUUCUUCGGGGAGACAAACGGGGCAACGCAGCGUCUCCAUGUGCGAAACUCGGGACCUGGCAUCGCGGCUCGUGAGCCAGAGAUAAAGACGAUCCAUGCGGACAUCUGCAGAGUGUUUCCCAGUUUCUAACGCAAGCGAUCUAGGCACGCUAGAGGUUCUGCUAUUUUGACACUUUUGUUAGCUGGGUACCUAGCCCAACAGUAUUUGCCUAUGCCCACGCCAAAAGUAAUCGGAGUUGAUCUUGGCACCACGUACUGUUCUGUUGGUGUGUUUCUUCCUGGCACAGGACAGGUGAAAGUAAUUCCUGAUGAAAAUGGGCAUAACAGUAUCCCAAGCAUAGUGUCAUUCACAGAGAAAGAUGUGUAUGUAGGAUAUGAUGGACUAGAGCUGGCCGAUUCGAAUCCCCAGAACACUGUGUAUGACGCCAAAAGAUUUAUAGGGAAGAUAUUCACUCCAGAAGAAUUGAGAUGGGAAAGCAGAAGAUAUCCGUUUAAGAUUCUUAAUAAUAAAGGAACUGCAGAAUUUUCCAUUGCAACAAAUGAGACGUAUAAUAUAACACCAGAAUAUAUUGGUUCUCAGCUGCUUCUUAAAUUGAAGAGGAUGUCAGAGGACUAUCUUGGCAUGCCAGUUUCCAAGGCAGUAAUUUCAGUACCAGCAGAAUUUGACGAAAGACAACGAAACUAUACAAUAAAGGCAGCUAGCCUUGCAGGACUGGAAAUCCUGCGAGUAAUUAAUGAGCCUACAGCUGCAGCUAUGGCGUAUGGUCUCCACAAGGCUGAUGUAUCUAAUGUUCUAGUAGUGGAUUUGGGUGGAGGAACAUUGGAUGUUUCUCUGUUGAACAAGCAAGGAGGGAUGUUUCUGACACGAGCCAUGGCAGGUAACAACAUGCUUGGAGGACAGGACUUCAACCAGCGGCUACUGCUUUACUUGUAUAAUGAAAUCCAUCGGAUGUAUGACUCUUUGCCCACCAAAAAGGAAGAAAUACAUAGACUUAGACAAGCUGUAGAAGCUGUCAAACUGAACUUGACAAUUCACAAUAUUUCUACAAUCAGGAUACCUCUUACCAUGCCAGAGAAGAAAAACCAACAUGAACAUUUGCAGGAAGAGAACCGAGCGCAUAGUAAACAAGAUGAAUAUGAAGAUUUCACUAAAGAUAGCCAUUCAAUGAAAGAUAAUAUGAGGGACAGAGAAACACAGAGCAGCACUUCAAAAAAAAUUAUCUUUGAAACACAAAUUUCCCGGAAACUUUUUGAGAUGUUAAAUGAAGACCUUUUUGAGAAAAUCCUUGUGCCUAUUGAGCAGGUGUUGAAAGAAGGACAUCUAGACAAGUCAGAAGUAGAUGAGAUUGUAUUAGUUGGAGGUUCUACUCGUAUUCCAAAGAUACGAAAAGUUAUUACACAGUUCUUUGGGAAGGAACCGAACACCUCUGUUGACCCAGACCUAGCAGUGGUAAUAGGGGUGGCUAUCCAGGCAGGAAUUGUUGGGGGAUCCUGGCCUCUGCAAGUUAGUGCUGUUGAAAUUCCAAACAGGCAUUUACGAAAGAGAAAUUUCAACUGAUUGUCAGUGUUCUUACGUUCUAUUAUUUUUAGUUCUAUAACUUAAUUCCAUUUGCAUGUUUCUGUACUGUUCAGUAUACAUUGGGUUGUGUUCUGCAGAUCUGCCCCACUGAGAGUAGUCCAUUCCUUCAAUGCAGAGAGCGUAUUUCCACUGUAAGAGUUUCUUCUAAGCUGAAGAAAAGCACUGCUAGUCAUGUAGCAAAUCCAUGGGAUCCAACUGAUUACUUUUUCUCUCUUCUAAGGGAUUGGACACUUGAAAUUGAUUAGAAUAUUUUCAGCUUUUACUUGAGCUGGAAAAGAGCAUAAGUUUCUGAAGACCCCCCCCCCCCAAUUUUCAUAAUCAACAGGACCUCAAGACUUCAUUACUUGAAAACGGAAUGACGUUGUUCUGGAGUAAUGACUGAAAUAGUAUUGACAAUGAAUCCUGGUGUUUCCCAGGAGCUGGUAUUGGCUGUGACCUGGCCUGGUGUGUAGCAGUAUUAAUGCAGAUAGCGCAACUAAAGUUCAACUUAUACAGCAUUUAAAAGCACUUUUCUCAAGAUUGUGUUCAUGCUUGAAUAUGCUGUGGAGAGAAGCACUUUGCUAAGAACUGAUUUGCAGAAACCACCGAAAUAAAUCUUUGUGGUGUGGAACAAUAUCAAUGCUUCCCAGUUAAUAUGUUUAACAGCAGGUGCUCCAGAGAGGUAUCACUAUUGGACACUUGAAGCACUCCCUUGUUAGAGACAUUUGUACAUGUUGCCACCAGCUGUACAUAUUCUGAUGAUAAGUUGGAAACUGCAGACAGAGAUUGUGCAACAAUAUUAUAUAAGCUUGCCUGAGUUGUUGGCUUUCAGUUUUGAUGGGAUAAUGCUAUUGAAAUUAUUUCAUUAUGUGCUUUUUUUUCCUGAAAAGUUGCUGUGCAAAGAGGCUUACUUAAGCAUUCUAUAAAAGUCCUUGAAUCAGCAAGUUCACCCUAGACUGUUGUAGAAAGUAUUGAAAAAAAGCCUCCAAAGCUACUACAGAAAUUCCUGGUAAUAGUAAUUCUGGUAUUUUCAAGCUGCUGUUUUAGAAUUUUGAAGUAAAUAUUUCACUGUUUACUGCUGAGUUUAGAUUUACUUUUAAGUUUCCAAUGAAAGACUUAGGGAUUGAUCCCAACUCCUAACAUGACAAAGCUCACACAGUGUUAUGCUGUGAAUGCAGUCAACAUUGAGUGUUUCUAGAUACUGAUUUAAUGGGACAAAAUAUUAUGAAAACUAAAGCAAUCUGAGAUACAACCAUCAGUGAUUUCCCACAAUGUGCCAGGAUAAAGUAGUCACAAGCACCACUUUCUGAUUGCGUAGUUUAUACAUUGUAUGCGUCUGCUUGAAUUGUGGUCAAAGAUUGCUGCAACUGCUUGUGUGUAGAGCAAAAAUUAUUAUAAGAGAUGGUCCCAAAUACUUGGUUAAACUCAGGUGCCCUGGUGAAGAUUUUUCUAGAGGUGUUUGGCAGAUGUGCUCUUUUCUGAUAGGUGGCAUGAAGACCCAGAAAAUAUUUGUAAUGAUGUGUAAGAGACUGUACAGAGCAGAAUUUGUGUGAACUGCCCUGUAGAUGUGGAUCUCCUAUAGGAACUAUAUAUGAUAUUGGUAUUAGCAGGAGCAUAAGAUUCUUGGCUAUGAUUGAAAGAACUGUGAAAUUAGUUAUGUAAACUGAAGGCGGCAGGAGGGGAGGUCAACUGUUUUUAUAGCAUCUUCAAAUAGCAGCUCCCUAUACAAGAAAACAAAUUGCUUUUAUAACAAAAUACCCCUUAAGUGAGGGAAAGCAUAUCUUUAAAUCUUGACCUUUUUGUAUCUCAUUGUAGAAAUAAAAAUUAGUAAAGACCUUAGUUUUAAAGGAAUCCAAAAUUUUUAAACAAUAGUAUACAAGAAUACAUCAGGCCAAGGAUCAAAUUGUUUGUAGGCAUCAAAGAAAGUAGCCAUGCAACCAUUUUUUAAAAAAAUAUAUUUCAGAUUAAAUGCCAUUAUCAUGUUAGUGGACAGAUUAAAAUAAAAUCAGUUUUUUCUUAUGCAUCUCCUUUAUCUUGCCAACCUGAGACCAUCUCUCCUAAAACUGGGAGCAGAGCUUCCAUGUAAUGUUGCUAAACUUGGCAACCCCCCACCCCCCAAAUCAACUGUUAAAAAUGAUGGUUAUCGACCCAUUUUUAUUAAACUGUACAUUAGAAUCCUUUGUCCAGUGAUAAUUUGUAUGGCAAACAGUUAAAAUAUAAGCAGGACCAAAUCUAAAUGAAUUAAGCGUAAUGGAAGAAUUUUAACUGAAAAAAAUUCAGCUUCAUAAAAUUAGAAUACAAUUUGGUAUCUCAAAUUUGUAUUUAAGAAUAUAGGUUUCUAGAGUUUUCAGAAUACCAGCAAGGAAUUUGCGUGCAGCUUAAUGCUAAAAGUCUUCACUUGCUGUAGCACAAACAAGCAGAGCAGCUUUGGUGGUCUUGACUCUCACAGUCAGGUGCCGUUUACUAGUUUUCUGGCAGGCAGAAUCCUAAACCUAUGAGCUGUUGUGCUGGCACAAGAACUUGUAGGAAUGGGUUGGAUCAGUUUCAAGGGUAUAAGAUUCAUGUGAAAACUUACUGUUUUUCAGAGUAGUAAAUAUUUUGGGCAUUACUGUGAAGUUGCUGUGACAAACCAUCACAGGAACCUAUUUUUAAAAGAAGGAAUUAUAGUCAAAUGGUACUGUACUGAAACCAUUAGCUUUUGAAAACAGGCCCCUGAACACUUGUACAUUCAAGUUACCUACAAGGGUUUCUAUAAAAUAAAGACUUCUACUUAUUUGUGUGCCUUAACUCCAUUUCUUGAGUAACAAAAGCACCUUUCUGCAGUUUGGGAGUAUGGUUUAUAAAUGAAGGAUGGGUAACAAAAUUGGUACUCUUCUGGAGACUACAGCUACAAAACACUUUUUUUGUAUUAUAAAAAUAAAUUACUUUGUGUACUAUGUCUUGUUUAUUUCGAGAUGUAGUUCCCUUAGGUGUAUAUGAGGACAAGAAAAUAAGGGGGAACUCUGAUCCUGCAUUUUUUAAUUUGUUAAUGUUACUG